GACGCCUGCGUCCACCCAAAUGAGUUCGAACCGGCGACUCCGGCCCAAUCCUCCCGGCGAGGGAUCUGAGUCUGGCGACUCGGACAUCCUCAACGAGCGCGUCCUCAUUCUCAUCUUCGAGUCUAUCAAAUGGGACCUGCGCACCCUCUGUCUAACUGCAUCGUUAAACCAGAAGCUUAGAGCGAUGUCCAAGCGACUCCUCUGGCGAGCGAUGUGCAUGUACCGCGCGCCGCGCAUGGUAGCUGCAUUGACCAGUGGUGCUCCGAAUGGAAGAAUUGGAGGUGGGUGGGACGCGCUGGCGAAGCUCAUGCUCUAUUGCUGCGGCUGCCGGCCCACCGGGCAUUUCCAGGUGAGUCAACCGGUGGCGGGUCACUUGGUGAAAGCGUCCAGAUUUUCAAAGACAUCGGGUCAGAGCUUCUUGACGAAGAAGUGCAGAGGAGACUUGUUAUACGUGAGCGAUCCGUGUGAGCACCGGAUGGGGGACAUGGAAGAUGAUUUAGGAGUAUACAGAGGGAUAUUUCAGAGAUUUAUGAGAUCAAAGACGAGAGCAUGCUUGAUCCGACGGCAGGUGGGUCUGGAGCAAGUGAUUAAGUGUCCGUAUUGUGGGGCGCGCGUAUGGAGCAUGACCAAGGCCGGGCUAGUUCCCAAGAGCGCGGCGAGGAGGCUGGGCUCCCAUGAUGGAGGGUUGGAGUAUUUCGUGUGUGUUAACGGGCACUUGUAUGGAGCUUGUUGGCUAGUACCCCUGUCGUCGGACGAGAAUGAUCUUGACGGAGACGAGGACGACGACGGAGCAAGUGACAACGAGGGUCAUGAUGGUGUCCGUAGGAUUGACCCGAAUGAUCGGACGGCUACGAAUGGAAGUAUGAGCUCCAUUGGGGAGGACAUAGAUGGGCCCGCAUAGUGGGCGAUUCUUCGGCCACAAUUGACAAAUCAUUGACCAGAACCAUGGAAUCUGACUCGUCUUCGGUAGCGCGGCCCAGUUUUUCACUGAAGACGAAUGCUAGUGUCGCUAAUUACUCUGCACUGGUGUGCUUGACAUGGAAUAUUUGACGGUAUCUUUUUCUUGCCCCAGUUUUUGUAGCGAUUAGCGAAAGGCUUCUUGUACAUUAUUUUGUGACACUUAAUGUAAAUUCUGUUCCCCGGUGGAGUAGGUGGAGUACAUAUAGUAGAGGCGGGGCCUAGCUCGAUGAGGUGAUGAUGGAGUGUUGUGCGACAGGCCCAUUAGAAAUUAGUAGACUAUUACUUAGCUUCUUGGUUUAAGUUGAUGUAUAAGUACUUCAUUAUUCUGGGCCAUGCAUUUUACGUAAACAGUGUUUCUUUGGGGAGUUGUGUGUAGUCAGUAGUGUACUGAACUCUAGAAUAUUGUAUUUCCAGGUUUUAUUUCCAUGUAUAUUUACAAUUUAACGCGA